AUGUCGUCGUCGUCAUCGUCAAAUGCAGCAGCAAGCGAAAUACCAGCAUACGAAUCACAAUCGUACCCGACGUCGGGCAGCCCGGGCGGGAACAGCUGCGACAGCAACGCUACCACGUCCGCAUCGCCGUCUUCCACCACGAGCAACACUUCCCGCCCGAAGCAGAAAUCGAAGAGUUGGACGAGACGGCGACGCACAUCCUGCUCCAGUCUCACGCCCGUGGGCACGAUCCGCUGCUCCAGCGACGACGUGCGGGGCUAUUACAAACUGGACGCCCUGGCCGUGCUGCAGGGCUACCGCCAGUUCCAUUUCGGGCGCGCGCUGGUGCUCGCGCUGCAUGAUUGCGUACGGCGAGGCCUCGCGUCCGCCACGGUCAAGGCGCACUCCCAGAUCCACGCUACGCUGACUGAGUCUCCUCCCCUCGCCGCCACGAUCUCCCGCACUCAAUGGGUCACUGAACCUCUCUGCGGCGCAGAUUUGGGUAUUCGCCCGAGGAAUGUGCUGGCGACUCUCCACCGACGCGUUCUGAUGGCUUCCUCAUCCCCCUUGGGAUACCCAUGA